AUGAUGAACUUCCGUCAGCGGAAGGGGUGGACUGCAGUGGGACUGUAUUUGCUGGCAAGUGCAGCAGCAUUUUACUGUGUUUGUGAAAUCAAUGAGACUUACAACAGGUUGGCUUUGGGACACAUUCCGCAGCACCCUGAGGAGCCUCGGGAAGGAACCACAUGGACACACUCCUUGAAAGCUCGGUUACUCUCCCUGCCCUUUUGGUUGUGGACAGUUAUUUUUCUGAUACCAUACUUACAGAUGUUUUUGUUUCUUUAUUCUUGUACAGGAGCUGAUCCCCAAACAAUGGGCUACUGUAUCAUACCCGGAUGCUUGGCGGUUCUCUGCAAUCGCCACCAGGCAUUCGUCAAGGCUUCUAAUCAGAUCAGCAGGCUACAACUGAUUGACAUCUAA